AUGGAUCGUAAAUGGGUUUAUGCUCCCCGGACAAGUUUAGAAUAUGAAAAUGGAGUAAAUGAGUUCUUAGAGUUUGCUAGCAAGCAUGAUCCUGACAGUAACGGGAAGUUCUUAUGUCCGUGCGUGAAUUGUCUGAAUGAGAGGAGAUUAAGUGCUGAUCAAAUUCGAGAGCAUGUGGUUUGCGAUGGUUUCAAUAAGGGUUACACCAAAUGGAUAUGGCAUGGUGAAUUUGAUAUGCCGAGUAGGCCAAAAAAUGAAGAAGUUGAUGAAGAUAUGUAUGAUCGAGUGGAAGAGAUGAUUAAUGAUAUUGGAGCUGAAGCCUUUGAGCAAGUAUACACAAGCGGAGUGUGUGAGACCUUGUCGACGAAUGCAGAAAAGCCUUUGUACAAAGACUGUGAGAACUUUUCACGUUUGUCCGCUGUGUUAAAACUAAUCACAUUGAAGGCUGCAAAUGGAUGGAGCGAUAAGAGUUUUAUGGAAUUGCUUGGCUUGUUAAAAAGUAUGCUUCCUGAAGACAAUGAAUUGCCAAACUCUAAUUACGAGGCAAAGAAAAUUUUGUGCCCGUUGGGUUUGGGGUAUAAGAAAAUUCAUGCAUGCCCUAAUGACUGUAUUUUGUACAGAAAUGAGUACAAAAGUCUUCAUGAGUGUCCGAUGUGCGGGGUUUCGCGGUACAGAAAGGAAGUUCACACAAAGUCCAAUGCUCUUAAGAUUACAAACAGACCACCAACAAAAGUGUUGUGGUAUCUUCCGAUAAUUCCACGAUUCAAACGUCUUUUUGCUAGUGCAAAGGAGGCAAAGAAUUUGAGAUGGCAUGCUGAUGAGAGGAUAGACGAUGGUAUGCUCCGACAUCCCGGUGAUUCCCCUCAAUGA